UUGUCUUUUUUUUUUGCGUUCGCAUGCGUGUGGUUUUCGCACGGUGCUCGGCGUGUGUUUGUGGUUCACGAUGUCCGCCGGGAAGAAAUUUGUGCCGAUCUUCGAACGAUUUCCGGCGCAUUAUCGCCGCUUUCUGGAAGACAUGAAGAGGAAGCCCGCCCCCGUGCACUACAAGCCUCCAGCGGAGAAAUACGUUAGGCACCCCGUAACGCAAAUCAUCAUGAGGACGGAGGAGAGGCCGAUUCGUGUGGUGUAUCCGAAGGAGUGUCAGGAAGGCAUCUGGGGCGGAGAGGGCAUCGUACCUGGUUACGCUCCAGACGCCAGCGGGUACCACGUCAAGUACUUCACGCCGCUAUUGCAGCAGGUCGUGCUCUACAGCGAGAUCCUGGACAAGUACAUGCGCGUCACGGUUACCGAGAGGACACUGAUCCUCAUCAACGAACAUUACGGUUUCGACCUGUACAUCCUAAAGACGCCAGUACAAGACCUACACUCCCAGCUUGCGCUUGAUCUCAGGAGGAAAAUGUUGCUGGCUUUGGCGAGGAAAGACCUGUACCCCGACGACCCAGAGAAGCAGAAAGAAAUGCUGGACAAGUACAAGGAGUUCAUUGUAUCUGAGGAAGAAGCGGACUGGUUCGGCCUGACACUCUGGAAGGCCGAGAAGAAGCUCAUGGACUACGAGGACGCCCUCCCAAAGCCGAAGCCUCUCAAGUAUCAGUUCCUGAACGACUUCAUCGAGGAGCUGAAGCUGAAAGAGGAGAAGAAAAAGGAAGAAGCAGCAGCCGAGCCGCAGAAAAGCUGGGUCUCGAAACUUAACCCAUUUAGGCGGUCACCAUCGUCGGAUGCAAAGUCGUAGCCACCAUCAUCGCAAUUAGUUUUAUUUAGUCAAACAAGUCAAUUAAUAAAGCGUUUUUGUUAC